GGCACAGAAAUGAGAUAGGAUUUCUGAUAGCCUUCUUCUCCAACUCUCACUAUGAACCUCUAAACACUACAGAGAAAAAAAAAAUCCAAAAAAGUGUGAGAAGGAGAAAACCAGUAACUGGUUUAAUCACAGUGAUGGCAAACAUGAUCAUGGCUUCCUCAUCCAAAACCCUAAUCACAUCUCCUUCAAUCCAAUCAACACCAAAAGCACUCAAAUUCCCCCAAUUCACAACCCUAAAAAUCCGAAGCCAAGCCAAUCAAACCAGCAGCAGCAACAAAAUCAAAACCCCAACUCUAAACCUAAACUCUCUCAAGUCAACAGCUGCAAUUGCAGCAGCAGUUCUAACAAUGGCUCCACCAUCACUAGCAGCAGAAAUUGAGAAAGCAGCAUUGUUUGAUUUCAAUCUUACUCUACCACUAAUCAUGGCAGAAUUCCUCAUACUUAUGUUUGCUUUAGACAAGAUUUACUACACUCCAUUGGGUAACUUUAUGGAUGCAAGAGAUGCAGAUAUUAGAGGGAAAUUAAACAGUGUUAAAGAUACAUCUAGUGAAGUGAAGGAAUUGGAUGAACAAGCUGCUGCUAUCAUGAGAGCAGCUAGAGCUGAAAUUGCAGCUGCUUUGAACCAGAUGAAGAAAGAAACAACUGUGGAAGUUGAAGCACAGAUGGCAGAAGGAAGGAAGAAAUUGGAAGCUGAAUUAGCUGAAGCUCUUGGUAAUUUGGAGAACCAGAAGGAGGAAACUAUUAAAGCUCUUGAUUCGCAAAUUGCUGCUCUUAGUGAUGAAAUCGUUAAGAAGGUUCUUCCAGUCUAAGUUACAUUCUAUCUCUCUCACUUUUCAAUUAGUAUAUUAUUGAUUAAUGUUUGUAUUUCAUAAUCAAAUACAAUUUAGUCUCUGUAAUAAUGGAUUAUUGCUUUUGAAUUUCUUGUUUAUAUAUCAAUAUAUGUUUUUUUGCUUCUUCUUUUUA